AUGGCCGAAGACGACGAGAAGCAAACAGUCGAGACGCUCGAGAAGAAACUACUAGACACAUCGAUCCCCCUCUUCAAGAGAUAUCGCGCCAUGUUCGCCCUCCGCGACCUGGCCUCUCCUCCCGACCUCCCCACUGCCGUUCCCGCCGUCCUGGCCCUUGCCAAGGGUCUCAAGGACACGUCCGCCCUGUUCCGCCACGAGAUCGCCUUUGUUUUCGGACAGCUUUCGCAUCCCGCUUCCAUCCCUGCCCUGACCGAGGCCCUCAGCGACCUCAACGAGGUCAGUAUGGUCCGCCACGAGGCCGCCGAGGCUCUUGGCAGUCUUGGUGACGAGGAGGGUGUCGAGGCGACGCUGCUGAAGUUCCUCCACGACAAGGAGAAGGUUGUUCGCGAGAGUGUUAUUGUUGCGCUGGAUAUGGCCGAGUUUGAGCAGAGCGGUCAGGCUGAAUACGCGUUGAUACCCGAGGUUGCUAGCAAGGCGUUGUAA